AUGGCGGUGCCGGGCGCUGAGGAGCUGCGGGCGGGCGGCCCGGGGCUGGGCGCCGUCCCGCCUCACCCCGGCGUCCCGCCGCAUCCCGGCGUGUCGCGGCGGCGCGGGCGGACGCUGCUGGUGCGGCACCUGCCCGCCGAGCUGACGGCGGCGGAGAAGGAGGAUCUGUUGCAGCACUUCGGGGCCGUGUCUGUGCGGGUCCUGUCGGACCACGGGCGGCUGAAACAUACUGCUUUUGCCACCUUUCCCAGUGAAAAUGCAGCUGCAAAGGCUUUAUCAAGACUGCAUCAGCUGAAACUUUUGGGUCACACCUUAGUUGUUGAAUUUGCAAAGGAGCAAGAGAGUGCCCAGGUACUUAGCCAGCCUUCUGCCUCAGACAAGUGCAAAAGUUUAGAAGAACCAGUGAAAGAAGAAGAGAAGAUAGAACCAAACUGUGUUAAAAUAGAGAAUGGAAUUGCACCCAACCAUGGCCUCACCUUUCCCAUCAAUUCUUGCCUCAAAUAUUUGUAUCCACCACCUUCAAGUGCAAUUCUAGCAAAUAUAGCAAAUGCCUUGGCAAGCGUGCCCAAAUUUUAUGUCCAGGUACUCCAUCUGAUGAAUAAAAUGAAUCUUCCUCCACCUUUUGGACCAAUCACUGCUCGCCCUCCCAUGUAUGAAGAGUAUUUACCAGUGCCUGUGCCACCUCCCCCAAUCCCACCUCUGCCUCCUGAAGAGCCUCCUUUGCCUGAAGAAGAAGGAGGACUUUCUAGUGGGGAUGAAUCAGAAUAUGAAAGUGAUAAUGAUGAGGAAAAGGAGAGAAUAACAAAGUUGAUGGAAUUAGCAACCCUUCAGCCUAAAAGACCAAUAAACACAAAGAAGCGUGGUGUUAGGAAAAAGCAAAGAAUUAAGGACAUGUUGAAUGUUCCUGUGUGUACUUCCCACAGUAACUCGCACCCUACACUGUCACCUUCAGAUGUCUUUGAGCAGCUGCAGCAUGUAGGUCAUAAAAAAAUAGAGUUUCAUAUUAGUACUGAGAUCCCAGCUGUUCUUCAGAUAAACCCAGAGAAAGAAGAAAAAAAUGACCUUUAUGCAACCACGGAAGAAAUCAAUAACACAGGCUUUGGAAGGAUUUUCCCAGCUCCUAGCUCAAAUGAUAAAAUGGAAACUGAAGAGGAGGAUGAUGAAAUACCAUCAGAAUUUAUUUCUAGAAAGGAUCUAGAAAAAAACAGACUUUCAAGAGAAGAAAUGGAAAAAUAUUCUGUUUUCAAAAACUAUGAGCCAGGUGAUCCAAAUUGCAGGAUAUAUGUGAAGAAUUUAGCUAAACAAGUUCAAGAAAAGGAUCUUAAGUUCAUUUUUGGAAGAUAUGUUGACUUCCAGUCAGAGGUGGAACGCAAUAUGUUUGAUAUCCGUGUGAUGAAAGAGGGCCGGAUGAAGGGACAGGCUUUCAUUGGACUGCCCAAUGAGAAGGCAGCUGCUAAGGCACUAAAAGAAGUUAAUGGCUAUGUCUUAUUUGAAAAACCCAUGGUGGUUCAAUUUGCUCGUUCAGCUAGACCAAAACAGGAUGCCAACGAAGGGAAAAGAAAAAAGUAAAACCCUGCACAAGAAACAUUCCUGCGUAAAUACUGCAAUAAUACUGUCAUGCAGAGUGUAUCCUUUCUUGUUGUAUCCUUUUUUGUGCAUUGUUUCCUGUAGCACUCAACUGCAUCUUAGGUUUCCAUAAUAGAGUAGAUGUGGGGAGGAGUUAACACAUUUUAAGCUUGAGCUAAUCUAAUAAUUUUAAAAAGCAAAUUUUUUCGGUGGGGGGGAAAGAAACCAAAGAGUUGUCUGUGUUGUGUGAAUAGACACAAUGAAGGUUCUUAGUCUUAAAAGGUGGCCUUCACCUUCUUCCUCAGGUACCCUAGUUAGUAAUUUGUGGUCCUGUUCCUUAGUGUAGCAGUUCUAGCUCAUACCAGCUGAUCUCUGUGAAGCUGUGCGGAGCUCACACUGACCAAGCCACCUUGUUUUACUUUAAAAACCUAUUAAUAUAAUAAUAUGUUGGCUAAAAUAGAUUGUAGAGCAGUUUUAAUAUUAAGGGGUUGACCAGUAUUUUAGGUCAUUUG